AUGUCCGAGCAUCAAACGGCUAUCCCCAAAGGAUCCUGGGUUCUUGUGACAGCCGCAAACGGCCAUACUGGAAGCCAUAUUGUCUUCGAGCUACUGAAGAGAGACUUCAAGGUCCGCGGCACUGUUCGAGACUUGGAGUCCAGCCAGUGGCUACUGGAGGAUGAAUUUGUUUCGAAAUGUGCCGAACGCGGCCAUAUCGAGCUUGUAAUUGCUGACACGACCAAACCCCACGACUUCGACAGAGCCGUACAGGAUGUCGCGGCUGUCAUACAUGUUGCAGUCAUCGGAGACUUGGUUCCUGAUCCCAAUGUUGCUAUUUCAGCUGCUAUAGAAUCAGCCUUGUCUGUUUGUCGAUCAGCAGCAAAGGAGCCAUCAGUCAAGCGGUUUGUCUUCACUUCGACCUUUUGGGCUGCUACCUUUCCAGUUCCUGGCGUCGGGGACACCAUUACAAACCUUGACAGUUGGAACGAUGCUGCUAUUCAAGCUGCUUGGGCUCCUCCUCCAUAUGAUGCAGAUCGCAUUAUGCCAGUUUAUUUCGCAGCCAAGGCUGAGGCAGAAAAGGCUGUUUGGAAGUUUGUCAAAGAUGAGAAACUCCCCUGGGUAAUCAACUCGGUCAGUCCUUGUGUUAUCCUGGGAGACCUCCGAGAUGAUAAGCAUCUACGGUCUGUACCGCCCCAGCUCGUUGAACAGCUGUAUCUGGGGAUUAUUGAAAAGCUGCAAACCCCUGCUAUGUAUUACAGCCACGUCGCCGAUGUCGCGAUUAUUCAUGUCGCCGCCGCAAUCGACCCCGACGUCCAAGGUCAACGCAUUCAGGUUCUCGCAUCAUCCUUCGUUGAAAACUUUAUUUCGGGUGACCCAAAAUUGAUAUACAAGAUUGAGAACGAUAUUGCUCUUGAUCUCUUACAGAAAUGGGCCGGGCGUGGUUGGAUCAGUUUGGAGGCGAGUGUUACAGAAGUAGUGGAUUACUUGAUCAAAACCAAGAGGCUGGAUGACAAGUAG